CAGGUCAAUAUUCCCAAGACCCGCCGCACCUAUUGCAAGGGCAAAGGCUGUAAAAAGCAUACCCAACACAGAGUGACCCAGUACAAGGCCGGCAAGGCUUCACUGUUCGCCCAGGGAAAGCGUCGUUAUGAUCGCAAGCAGUCUGGUUAUGGUGGUCAGACCAAACCCGUAUUCCACAAGAAAGCAAAGACUACGAAGAAGGUCGUCUUAAGAUUGGAAUGCACUGUAUGCAAAACCAAGGCUCAACUGGCGCUCAAACGUUGCAAGCACUUCGAGCUAGGUGGUGACAAGAAAACUAAGGGUGCCGCACUUGUAUUUUGA